AUGGAUUACUUGGCCAGUCAGAGCAGCGAGCUCGAUCGGCACGGAGCCAUAAGCUGGGCCGCGCUGAAGCUCCAAAGUCCAAACUGCCCGGAGCUAGCUAGCGCUGGCCUACCUGUAAAACCAGAGAGCAAUAGAUUCAGUGGAUUGUUCUCUGGCUUUACAGUUAUUAGAUGUUCUUCGCUGAGUAGCCCUGCCCAUGGCGCCGUCUCCUGUACGAACUCCAUCAAUGUUGGAUCCAGCUGUACCUAUUCCUGUACUACUGGCUAUAAGCUAUCAGGCGGAUCGGUAGUAAGAUCUUGUUCACGUUCAGGGAAUUCAGGCCAAUGGACUGGAUCUGGAUUGGAAUGCAUCCGUGUAACGUGUAGCGCCCUCUCCAGUCCAUCCAGUGGCCAACUCACCUGUUCUGAUGGCAGUUACUACAGCAGUCGAUGCAGCAUAUCUUGCAACAAUGGAUAUACAUUGCAAGGCAGCUCUUCCCUCGUGUGUGGACAGUCUGGAAGUUGGUCAGCUGCGGUCCCGUCCUGUGCAGAUACUGCUGCACCAGCCUUCACCCGCUGCCCUUCAUCUCAGACCGUCUACGCUCCGUCGCUCUCCUCCCGCGCUACGGUCAGCUGGGCAUCACCUUCGGUUUCCGACAACUCCGGGGAAUCUAUUACCCCGAGCCUGUCAAGUAGCUCAAUCAGAUCUGGAAGUUCUUAUGCUGCAGGCACGUAUUCUGUAACUUACAGUGCUGCAGAUAGCUCUGGAAAUGAAGCCACUUGUCGGUUCUCGGUUACUGUUACAGUCAUACACUGCAGCAGUCUCUCUGCGUCUGCCCCACUCCAAGUGACCUGCCCGAAUGGAGCAAUACGAGGCUCGGUCUGUACUUUUGAAUGCAGUGUGGGAUACAGACUUCAGGGUCAAAGGUCAACGGAAUGUCAGAAGAGGGGGUCAGCGGGAUCAUGGGACCAGCCCUCGCCUACCUGCCAGAUUCUUCAAUGCCCUACCUUGGUUGCACCUAGUCAUGGACAAAUUAUAGGAGAUUGCUCAAGGAACUAUGGCUCCAGGUGCAACGUUGCGUGUGACAUCGGCUACGAGAUUAGCAAUGGUGCUCAACAGUGCAGUGCCCAAGCAGGAAGUACUGAUGCAUUCUGGGUAGGCUCAAGGCCCACCUGCACAAGAAUAUACUGCAGGAAGCCAGUGCUUACCACCGCUCUUCAGAUCAUAACCAGCCAGGCCUGCCCCACUGGCGAUCAGGUCCCAUCUGGUAAUCAGUGUCGGUUCUCCUGCAGUGAAGGGUACUAUCUUUCAGGAAAUGCUGCCCUCGCUUGUCAACAUGAUCGAACCUGGAGUCAAGCCGCACCAACCUGUCACUUGAUUACCUGUGCCGGGAGUGAUCUCUCUCCUCCAGUCAACGGUGAAAAGCGAGGAUGCUCCUCCUCCCGGGAGAAUUAUGGAACAGUAUGCACCCUGGCCUGCAGUAUAGGGUACUUACCAGCCACGCCCGUUCAAAGAACCUGUUCAGACGACGGUAACGGUGAUGGGUAUGGUGUCUGGACGGGACCCGAUCUCACAUGCACAAGUGAGUGA